AUGUUAGAUUUAUUCUCCCCCAACCAAAAAACCCAGCUGACUGUGCCGCGGCACACCGGCCACACCGCAGCCGUCCCCCCGCCGCCCCACCGGGGAUGGUUGAGCAAGGCGCCCGAGCCCUGGCGGGCCCCACGCGUCCGCACGGCCUUCUCCGUGGAGCAGCUGCGAGCCUUGGAGGGCGCCUUCCAGCACCAGCAGUACCUGGGCCCCCUGGAGCGGAAGAAGCUGGCCAGGGAGAUGCGGCUCUCGGAGGUGCAGAUAAAAACCUGGUUUCAGAAUCGCCGCAUGAAACACAAACGCCAGAUGCAGGACUCCCAGCUGACCACCCCCUUCUCUGGGCCUCUGCCCUUGAGGCCGGCUGUCUGCGCCGCCUUCCGCCCAGAGCAGUGGCCGGGAGCUGCCGUGCCCUUGGGCAGCCCCGCUGGGGCUCAGGCUCUGGUGCUGCCCCCUGGCUCCUGCUGGGGCCCCUGCCAAGUGGAGCAAGACCCCCUGGCCUUGGCGUGGGCCUGGUGCUGCCGACAGCCCCGGAUGUGCUGCGUCCCAGACCCCGGAAGCCACAUGCACGCACUGGGCCCAGCCUUGUCCACGGGACCCUGGGGCCUGUGUGCUCUGCCGGAAGCUGGGGACGCCUUCUGAGGGCACGAGAGCCGCACGCCAGCGACGUGUGCAGACGUGCCUGGGGGCCGGAUGUGCCCUGUUUGCCACCGUGGCCCUGUCUGCAGCUGGUGGCACUUCUGCCCCUGGCCUGCCACAAGACUCUGGAGAACUUAUAGCUGGAGAAGUUUUCAAGCCACCCCUCGCUGACAAUUACUGAAAGGACCCGUUUAGGGAGUAACUGACACGUCAGUGGGCUUGUUGCGUGUGGAGCUUUCAGAGCACGAU